GCGCUGAUUGACUUGCGGAUAGUACAGACGUUCGUUCAUUCAAACGAUAUUUUCACUGUCGAAAAGCCGAUUCCGCGACCGAAUAUCCGAAAAUAAUGUGCGUUUUUUGAAUUUUUCGGCGACCAGAAAAACAAUCAUGAGUGCCAAAUUCGCCGCGGGUAUUUCGCAAAUCGAGUGCGACGAUACCGAGCCCCUCAUCAAUCCUUUUGUGCAUAAAUUGGAGUUGCAUGGAACUUAUGAAAAAAUUAAGACUGCAAUUUUCACGCUCAUCCUAGUUCCUGUACGUGUUGGUCUAAUUUGCUUUUUCGUGGUGACGGCAUGGAUGUUGGCUACUGUAGGCCUUUUCGGUGUUACCGAACAGGAACUUCAUGAAAGGCCAUUAGACGGUUGGAGAAAGACCGUCCUAAAACCUUUUAUCGCCAAACUAAUUUUCUGCAUAUACACGCUUGGAGGGGUAAAACUGAAGGUAAUAGGACGGCCGUCGUCGUCGGACGAAGCACCAUUGGUGGUACUCGCGCCACAUUCCUCUUUUAUGGACAGCAUUGCCAUGGUUUACAUGGGAGGGCCGUCCAUUGUUGCCAGAGGAGAAACGGCUUCUAUACCUUUCUUUGGGAAACUCAUAAAUUACACGCAACCCAUUUACGUGUGGAGAGAUGAUCCAGAGUCCAGACAGAAAACCGUAAAAGAAAUUAUCAAAAGGUCAACUUCAAAGCUAGACUGGCCGCAGAUUUUGAUAUUUCCAGAGGGAACCUGCACCAACAGAUCCUGCUUGAUAAGCUUUAAAAAUGGAGCUUUUUAUCCAGGUGUACCGAUUCAGCCCGUUUGCAUUAGGUAUCCAAAUAAGCUAGAUACUGUUACAUGGACGUGGGAAGGUCCUAGUGCGCUAAAACUAUUAUGGUUGACACUUACUCAGCCGUCUAGUCACUGUGAAGUUGAGUUUCUUCCAGUUUACUACCCAAAUGAUGAAGAAAAACGAAAUCCCAAACUUUUUGCCAAUAAUGUGAGGGCUGUUAUGGCCAAAGCUUUAGGCGUUCCAGUAGUUGACUAUUCAUACAGCGAUUGCAAAAUGAUGACAAAAGCCAAAGAAAUGAAUUUGCCAUUUGCCAAUCACUUGGUUGAAGUUAGAAAACUUCGAAGAAAACUAGGGUUAAUAGGCACAGAACGAGAAGAAGCCUUAGUGAGAGCAAACAAUUACACUUGUAGAGAUUGCAGCAAAGUGACAUUUAUUGAAUUUGUCGAAAUAAUGCGGUUACAAACAAAUGAACAAGCAGCCUUGCAGCUAUUCAAAAUAUACGAUAAAAAUAACACCGGUCUUAUUGAUCUUCGAGACUAUCUCUUAGGAGUACUAGCCACCGAAGAAGACAAGUCUACAGAAGAAAUUCUAGUCUAUGCAUUUAUGCUUUAUGAUAUUAAAAGGAAUGGUAAGCUAACAGCAGAGAACUUUAUUAAAGCGGUCUCUCAAACGUUGGGUAUCAGUCAAGAGUACGGGCUGCAAAUCUUUGACCAAGUUGAUCGAAAACAACUCGGUUUCGUUCGUUUAGACGAUUUUCUAAACUGGGCGACUAAAUUCAUCCCACAUCUCAUCUACAAUGGUUCAGAAGAAAAACCUAACUGGAAAAAUUUGGAGAUCUAUAGGACUCACGACAAGAAGAUUGACUGAUCCUCACUCACUAUCCAUAUGUAAAUUUGGAUAGAAACACAUGGCAGAAGAUUCAAACACUUUUAAUUUUUUUAUUUGGAAACUUUUAUCUCACUAAAAUUUAUUUUAAAGUAAUUAUUUUCUGCGGCAAACGUGCUUAAUUAAAACUUUAAUAUUAUUUAAUUAAGGAUAGCGUGAAGAGCAAUGAUGCACCAUUUUCAAAAGGGAGUGAUGUCAAAAUGUUGGUUAUAUCGAAGAAAAGAUUGUGAUGUAAUUAAGUACUCAAUUAUAUUAUAACACAUACCAUAUAGGACUGUAUAUAUAUAUAUAAUAUAGUAAGAUGUUAAAGUGUUAAUAUAUGCAGUAAAUUUAUAUUACAGUUUUGUAGUAAAAUUUACUGAAUAUUAAACACUCUUUUAAAUAAAAGCUAGGAAUUUCACAUUUACUAAAAACUACUCUGACACUAAGUUAUAUAAAGAUUUUAAAACAAUGGCACAUUUGAUGUCUUUGGUUAAUUUUUGUUAUUAUAGAGCUCCUCUAGAAAGAAGUAUUAUUAACUUUAAAAGUACCUUAUUAUUUAUUUCCAUUAAUAUAAAAAUACUGCCUGUUAAUUUAUUUUUUUAAUAUAUAACAUGCAAUGUAAUAUAGAAUUAUUGUUGAUUUAUUGCAUUACGAUGUAGCUUUAAUUAAAUAAAACAGAUUUUUUAGAGUA